AUUUGAUGGCUCAUCGGACGGUCAGCAACUGCUGGGGACCAGUAUCCGGACAGACCACAAACACAAGUGUACCGGAAGUAGAUGAGCCAUCAAAGUUUACUUAACGAUGGGCUAACAAAGUUUACCUUAUGCGUUAGUCUUCGAGUCUGCGGAGUGGCCGGCAUCACAUCGGAGAUAAAAGCGUCUAUACCCCCAAAGCUAGCUGCGUAUAACAUAUCGAAUCAUUAUAAUGUUUUGUUUUGUCUUCACCACUUAUCAUCAUCUGGUUGGGCCCAACCAAGUCCAACUAACCCCAAAACGAACAUCGAUUGUAGUCAGUUAUACUGUUAGUUUACGAAUUCAAAUUGGAAAUUCAAAUCCUUCGAUUACGAGCCCGCUCAUAUGCGACGUAUAAAUAGCUACCGCGACGAUUUGGUUACCAUUCCCUCCGCGGAAGAGGAACGCGCGCCUCGGGUCGAUGAGGAAGAGAGCGGCAUCAGCAUCGGCGGCAGCCAAAUCUGUGACGAAGGGUAAGUCGACGGGGCACGACGCCUUCUUCACUUCGCCCGAUCCUUCCUCCAAACCCUACCAUUUCGAUCUCCCGUCGUUCCCUACUGCAACUGCCGCCUCCUCCUCCCUAAACACCACCCCUGCCUCCUACUUGCGCCACCCCCCAUCACCUCCCCCUUCCGCCAAGGACAAGACCACUACCCUAGCCACCAUCUCCGAUCUUAAGGCCUUGGCCUCCUCCCGCAUCGACUCCCUCAAGCGACACCUUGACCUAUGUCGCUCCGACAUCCUCAGGGACUUCGACGCUUCCAACACUCGCCUCUCCAAACGCUUCAAGAUCCAAACAAAAGCUUGCCUGCAAUUAACAGAGGAAGCAGAAAAGGACUAUAAGAAGAUUGCUGAUAGGAUUAGUGAACAUACAGAAACAAUAAAGGCCUCAUAUGCAGAAGUUAUCAGCGAAGCUCAUUCCACAGCCUCUCGUGUUUGUAAGGUUUCCAUCCCUGAGCUGAUACAAUCGAUGGAGAAAGCUAUUGAAGGAUUGCGUAGUCGUUAUAAGAUUCCAGCAACUCCAAUUUAA